AGGAAGAUUAGAAGUGUGUGCGUGUGCACGCUACCGCGCGCGCCGCCGCCUCUCCAGCAUCAGCACCAAAGCCUUGAAGGCGACGACGAGAGAACCGGACCUUAAGAGUUCUGAGAAGCGGACUUAUGCUGGCUGCUGCGUUUCACUUCCCGUGUCCGUGUGAGAGUGCUCAGCCGCGGGAUGCCUCCCCGAACCCGGCCCGGGCCGAACCCUUCUCGCUCAUCGCGGACGCGCGCAGCACCGAACCGGAACGAGUGACUGCUCGCGUUUUGCGGAACCCGCCUCUUGCCCCGCCGGUACCGGCGAGCUUUCUAUGGCGUUUGCGCUGAGAAGAUGGAGGCUUCUGCUGGUGCUGAACGUGAUGGCGGUGGCGGGAUUCGUGACCCUGUGGAGUAGGUGUAACACCCGCAGGAUCCAAGCUGCCGGUCCGGACGUACCCGCGGACCGAAGGAGGCCGGCCGGGUCCAACGGAACCGCGCAGGGAGCCGCCGUCGACCAUGAAGUACUGCUGAAGCGGCUGAGCUCUUUGGAAGACGUCGUGUACCGACAACUUAACGGUCUGUCCAAGUCUCUUGGUUUGACUGAGGGCUUCGGGGGUCGGGGCUCAGGUGGCCUCCCCGCCACGCUGACCCCGGCCGAGGAGAGCGAGUCCACGCCCCUGCGGGAUAAGUACGGCUACAACGCCUACCUGAGCGACAGGAUCUCUCUGGACCGGACCAUCCCGGACCACAGACCUAGCAGAUGCAAAGAGGUGUCCCACCUGAGAGACCUCCCCCAGAUGGCCCUCAUCUUCAUCUUCGUCAAUGAGGCGCUGUCGGUCAUCCUGCGCUCGGUGCACUCAGCUGUCAAUCACACGCCGCCUCACCUGCUGAAGGAAAUCAUCCUGGUGGACGACCACAGCGACGACGAGCAGCUGAAAGGACCUCUGGAGGAAUAUGUGAAGAAGCGUUACCCGGGCCUGGUCAAGAUUGUCAGGAACCAUAAGAGGGAGGGGCUGAUCCGGGCCAGAAUGGAGGGCUGGAAGGUGGCUACCGCCGAGGUGACGGGCUUCUUUGACGCCCACGUGGAGUUUACCCCAUUCUGGGCCGAACCGGUUCUGUCCAGAAUCAAGCAGGACCGCACCAGGAUCAUCCUGCCGUCCAUCGACAACAUCAAACACGACACCUUUGAGGUGGAACGGUACGAGAAUUCCGGUCAUGGCUACAACUGGGAGCUGUGGUGCAUGUACAUCAACCCCCCCAAACAGUGGUGGGACGAGGGGGACAUCUCGGCCCCCAUCAGAAGUCCCGCCAUGAUCGGCUGCUCCUUCGUGGUCAACAGGGUCUACCUUGGCGAGCUCGGCCUGCUCGACCCGGGCAUGGACGUUUAUGGAGGGGAGAACAUCGAACUGGGCAUCAGGGUGUGGACGUGCGGGGGCAGCAUGGAGGUUCUUCCAUGUUCCAGAGUGGCUCACAUCGCCCGCAUGAAGAAGCCCUACCACAGCAACAUCGCCUUCCACAUGCGGCGUAACGCCCUGCGCGUGGCCGAGGUGUGGAUGGACGAGCUCAAGUCCAACGUCUACCUGGCCUGGAACAUCCCCAUGGAGAAUCAUGGAAUCGACUAUGGAGACGUCUCUGAGAGGGUGGAGCUGAGGAAGAGGCUGCAGUGUAAGAACUUCCAGUGGUACCUGGACAACAUCUACCCUGAGAUGAAGACAUACAACAACACCAUCUACUACGGAGAGGUCCGCAACUCUAAAGCGAGCCACCUGUGUUUGGACCAGGGCAUCAAGGAGAACCGCACGGCCACCUUGCACCCCUGCCAUGGUUGGGGGCCCCAGUUAGGGCGCUACACCAAAGAGGGCCAACUCUUCCUGGGUCCUCUGGGCAGCACGGGGGGCGACACUCGCUGCGUGGCGGACGACCCCGGCAGCAUUUUCCCGCAGCUGCUGGACUGCGACAGGGCGGAGGACGCCGAGCAGACCAAGUGGAUUUACACUCAGGGCGCCGCCAUGGUCAACGUCGCAACGGGGCGCUGCUUGGAGGUGGUGCUGGCUAACGUCUACUUCGGACACCAGGCGGUGCUGCAGUCCUGCUCCGGGCAGAGGUGGACCAUCAAGAACGCCAUGACCCAGUAGACGCCGUUUGACCACAUCAUUAGGUUCUUCGCCAAAAUAGUUAUUUUCUACGCUGUGGACGUUCUGGACGUGGACGUGCGUCGUGUUGCAUGCAAGCCGGGACCUCGACGUACCGCCAGACGACGAUUGUUACGGCGUCAUCGCCAUGUUGUGAUGAUGUCAUCAUGAUGAUGUCAUUUUAUUGCCAACAUGUCUUCCAAUAAAGCACUUAA